GAACCUGUGGCGGGUUUGGUCUGAGCUGACGCAUUUUUAGCCGGGUCGGCAUGGGCGCAGGAAAACGCGCCAGGAUGGAUUUACCUGUCGUGAUUCUGCUCAUCCACCUCACCCACACUGAGAUGAGAGCGCUGCAGGCCAACAGGGGAAAACUGGAGACCGGGUGCCUCCUCGGACACUUCCCAUGCGGGAACGUGAGUGAGUGUCUCCCACAGGCCUUGCAGUGCAACGGACACAAAGACUGUCCCAACGGAGCGGACGAGCGACACUGUGGGGACAAUGUUGGCUGGGCGGACCUAUUUGGUCAGAUGCUAGAGAAUGCCAAUCCAUUGGACCAUUACUACCAGAAUGCCUGUUUGUUACAGGAGUAUCCUGAGAGUUGUGACUGCAUACAGACAGAUGUGGAGUGUGUGGAGGUCAACCUGCAGGACGUUCCUCUGCUCUCUCCAAAUGUCACCUGGCUGUCACUGAGGAGCAACAAGAUCCGAGCGCUGUCUGAUUUUGUUUUCUCAGAGUACUCUGCCCUCCAGAGACUGUUUCUACAAAACAACAGCCUCCAGUUCAUAUCCAAACAAGCCUUCAGCGGCCUGUUCAGGUUAAAGAGGUUGUUUCUUAGUGAGAACUUGAUAUCCUCCCUCAGUCCCGGUGUGUUCAGGGAUCUCCAUCGGUUAGAGUGGCUGAUAUUGGAUCAUAAUCCGCUGAGCAUCUUGUCCCAGGAUACUUUUAUUGGGCUCCAUUCUCUCAUCUACCUAUCCAUGGUGGAUACAUCGCUGCAGCAGCUUCCUCAUCCCAGCUUCUGUCAACACAUGCCUGCCUUGGACUGGCUGGAUCUCGAGGGAAACCACAUUCAAACUCUCAACUACUCUAUCUUGAAGACCUGCAGCAAACUUGAGGUUCUGUUACUGAUGGACAACAGGAUCAGAAGAGUUCCAGAAAACACCUUUCAGUCCCUGUGGAAACUGGCUGAACUGAACCUGUCCAGCAACAGGAUAAGAGAGCUGCCGAAAAACACCUUUAAGAAUCUCUCAAAGUCCCUCCUUAAACUAAAUAUUUCCCACAAUCCCCUUCUCCACAUCUACCCCAGCCACUUCAACCACCUGAUACAUCUUCAGUCUCUGGCUCUGGAGGGGAUCGAGAUCCCACACAUUCAGACGAAGAUGUUCCUGCCGAUGAAGAACCUCUCCCACAUCUACUUUAAGACGUUCCAGUACUGCUCCUACGCGCCCCACGUGAGGUCCUGUAAGCCCAACACAGACGGCAUCUCAUCCUUUGAGGACCUGCUGGCCAACAUGCUGCUGCGGGUGUCCGUCUGGGUCAUGGCCUUCAUUACCUGCUUCGGUAACCUCUUAGUGAUCGGAAUGAGGUCACUGAUACAAGCCGAGAACAACCUGCAUGCUGCCUGCAUCAAAGUCCUCUGCUGUGCAGACUGCCUCAUGGGCGUGUACCUUUUCUUCGUCGGGGUGUUUGACGUUAAAUUCCGUGGGCAGUACAAUCGUCACGCCCUGCUUUGGAUGGAGAGCGUGGAGUGUCGGACCAUUGGCUUCCUGGCCAUGCUGUCCUCAGAGGUGUCUGUUCUCCUCCUGACCUACCUGACUCUGGAGAAGUUUCUGGUCAUUGUGUUCCCCUUCAGCAACCUGCGCCCGGGCAAACUUCAGACAGGAGUGAUCCUGACCUCUAUCUGGCUGCUGGGGUUCAUUAUUGCCGCUGUGCCCCUCAUGAACGAGGAUGUGUUUGGAAACUACUACGGACGUAAUGGGGUCUGCUUUCCCCUUCACUCUGACAGGCAAGAAAAACCCACCGCCAAAGGAUAUUCCACAGGCAUAUUUCUGGGUCUGAACCUGGUGGCCUUCCUGGUGAUCGUCCUGUCCUACUCCGCCAUGUUCUACUCCAUCUAUAAAACUGGCAUCAAUGCCACAGACUUGAGGAGCAGACUGCACAGGGACGUGGCUGUGGCCAACAGGUUUUUCUUCAUAGUGUUCUCUGACGCCCUCUGCUGGAUUCCCAUAUUUCUGGUGAAGGUCCUCUCACUAUUGGAGGUGGAGAUACCUGGCACAAUCUCCAGCUGGGUGGUCAUCUUCAUCCUUCCCAUCAACAGUGCCUUGAACCCCAUCGUGUACACCUUGACCACCAGCUUCUUCAGAGAGCAGGUGGAAGUCUUCCUCUGUCGCUGGCAGAGAAGACACACCUUGAAAAAAGACCGCAAAAGCCUAACCUCCUCCACGAGCUUCAUGGAGACCCAUCGGGUUCUAGGCUUCCAGCGGCAUGCCUACCCCCAGCGGGUGUCUACAAACCGCGCAGACCCUCGCUACGCCUGAGGGAGGCGGGUGCUUUUACUGGCAAAAUUACAGGUGGAGAGCCCCGUUGCUGCUUAAAUACUGAGGCUCUGAUUAUUGUUUUAAUGAGAAUGAACUGACAGUGGAACAGAUUAUCAGUCACUGAGCCCUCUCAUCAUCCUUCUGCCCAAAGCAGUUUACAGUUUUUGCCCGCAACAUAUCCACGCAGGAAGCAGUUUGGGCUUCAGUGUGUUGUUCAAAGUCACGUCACACAGGGCACAAGGAGCCGGGGAUCAAACCACUCACCUUACGAUCUAAGGAGGACGCUUCGUACCACUCAAGCCCCAGUCACACCCAUGCUUGCACGCUUAUCUGGCAUUGAUGUUAUUGUUCUAGCUGAGGUUACAGAAAAGUGGAACAGAGAAGAGGAGGCAGAUGAAAGCAUGGAUACAAGCAUAAACUGUGCAACUGAUACUCCGCACAUCACUUUUUACUUAGGUUACCCCUUCUCAUGGAGCCAGAGGAGUAGAAGCAGAUGCUGUGAGACAAGCCACCAAAUAGCCCUCUUAUCUCACAGACAAUAUUUUCUAUUUAAUGAGCUCAGGAUGAAGCUUAUUACGUGAAAGAUGUAGCGCUCAUCGGUCGCUGAGGACAAAUGGUUUCAGCUUGAACAAAAAAACAAUGAGAACGAGCCUCGGACUGCAUAAAACCUGGCACCCAAACACGAUUCUUGGAAUCAUAGCGCUGGCGCGACGCGAAUCAAAAUGCAAAUCAGCUGCUAUAUUUGUUUUGUUUUUAUUUGCACAAAAACACAUUUAAAAUUCAAGUGCCAAAAUUCUGUUCAGAUUUGCAUGCCAUCUACCAAUUAAAAUGCAAAUACUAAGUCAAUUUGACACGCCAUUUUAAUAUUUUCUGACGCGAUUGAAAUGCAUAACACAGUUGAUAACAUGUAUGUAUUGUGCCAUCUGAAAUGGUCCCUUACACUAAGGAGGCUCUGUACAUCCUCCCUCUGUAUUUCUGCUUACUGUCUCAGCUUUUGUUGUCUUCUCUUUCUAGUAACUUCUCUUUAAUCUGUCAGUUGUGGGAUUCACUGUCCUGAUUAGUUUCUUUUUCUGUGAUGCUCCCUUCCCACGGCCUCCUCUUUACUUAAAUGUGGAACUGAAGCUGCGAAGGAGAGAGAGACAUUUGCUUUCGAGCGUGAUGUGUGAUCAUGCAAAAAUGAUUAUAUAAAUGUAACUCAUGAAAUGACUAACCAUAUUUUGAGUCAUGUUUCUUCUUAAUUAUUAUUUACAAAAUGCCAUGUGGUAGAAAAUAUGGUAAAAAAUGGCAGCCUAAAUUUGAAUUAUGUAAAAAAAUAAAAGGCCACUUUACAGAAUAAGUCAGAAUAAGCAUUAGCUAGUUAAAUUUCUGCAAAACCACCGAUAAGUUGGAAUUUUACAUUUCUUUAUGUCGCAGCUUUACAUUUGUUUGGGUUCAGUUUCUUAUUCCUUAAGUCUUGUCUCAACACUGUGCUUGUGCUCUAGCUGGAUUUUAAGGCACAAAAAGCCCGGUCAUGGUCGGGUCAGCAUUUGCCACAAAUAUGGCUGGAAAUUGUCCCCGACUUAUCCUGUGGUGUUAUGCUUACAAAUGUUAAAACGUAGCCCCUUGACAAAAAUAUCCGGUUGCUUGCCCCUUAAAAAAUGCUGAAAGGUGGACUCGAACUGCUGCCACUGUCACCUGUAACUCCACCGCUGUCCCCACCAUGUUCCAAUAUGAAAGCUAUGUAAUAAACAUGUCAUGUGAACAUGAGAUGACAGGUUUUGUAAAAAUGUCAAUAUGAUAGUCUUUAAUGUGCACAAACUUGGAUGUGUCUGUGGUUUGUGGAAACGUUGACUGCUAACAUUAUAUCCUGACGACUGGACAAAAAUGAGAUCUAGAUGUUAUUGAAUCAAGGCAGAAUUGUAACUGUAGGUACUACAUAUAUUUAAUGACUUUACAUGUACGAGGGCACCGACAAUCAUUGAAUGUUUUGCAUCGGUUAUGUGAGGCAGCAGUUUUCUGUUUCCUCACUGAUGCCCGUUUCUGUUGUUGCCCUGAUAAAAUGGGUGAAAUCUGACUUUUUUGCCCACUUGUGUCUUUCAUGCAACUUUGCUCUGUUACUGCAUGUACAGUAUAUGCUCUACGCUGCAGCACUGUCAUCCAAUCGAAUCAUACCAUUUUUUUGUUCAGACCUCCUCAUUGUGUGACGUUUGUCUAAAUGUAGCAUUGAACUCGCAAAGCUGAUCCAUGAGGAAGUAGUAGAAUUUAGCUCUGCUGUCACUGGUCUCAUUGGACCACUAGGACUGUUCUAACUUUGGUUUGCGUUUCUUUUUCUACCUUUUUUUAUAACCAGUUGUAAUAUGCCAUUGUUUCUGCUGCCUUUCAACAGUUGCUUUGAAUUACUGGCAAUCAUCAGCAGCCAGGUAACAGUUAAAGAACAGAACAAAGACAACAAAAGUUGUGUAGAGUUGUGAAGAGAACCGUAAUGAUUGUCCAUUUUUCUACCAAGCUCUCCUCUCUGUGUAUGUUUUGUAUAUCAUUGUGUUUGAAGGCAUCAAGUUGUUGAAUUUUGUAUCUUCCCACAGAGAUGUGUCCUUCACUGAAAUAAUAAAAAGUCAAGAACAAACUUA